UCUGCGGCCGCUUCGCUACAGUGAACGCUGCGCUGCUCAGCGGUUCGCUGUGUGAUAACUGUGCGUUGUUUUACAGUUGUCAACAAUAUUACUGAACUCAUAUUUCUUGGUAUGUGUUUUAGACGUCGUUUACAGUUAAAACGAACAGUUUUUGUUGGUGUGCGGCGUGUUUUAGAGUGUUUUUGGGGGGUUGUUGUUAGCUUAUUAGCUCUUUAAAAAUGGCUGAUCCGUGGAAUCGAGGACAUGGUGCUGUGGAUGACAUGCUGGACGCUGAAAACAAGCUGAUGGCAGAUAAUCUGGCCAGCAAAGUCUCUAGACUCAAGUCUCUGGCAUAUGACAUUGACAAAGAGGCUGAGGAACAGAAUUCCUACUUAGAUGGCAUGGACUCAAAUUUUCUCAGUGCAACUGGCCUGUUGACAGGAAGCGUGAAGAGGUUUUCCACAAUGGUACGAUCCGGCCGAGACAACAGAAAGAUCCUGUGUUACGUGUCCAUCGGCCUGGUUGUGGUCUUCUUCCUGCUGUACUAUCUUGUGACACGGAUCCAGAACUAAUGGGUCAUUUACUAAUGUUUUAGGACAGGUUUCUCAGUUCUAUGAGAAUUUUUUUGGAUUCUCUGUUUGAUCCUAUUAUGAGGAGAUUUCAGUGAACUGUACAGCGGAUGUCUUUCCAUUAAUAUUAAAAAGAAUGACUGCAGUUUGAGGGUGAUUUAGCACAUUUAACUCUAAGCAAACCCUUUGUUUACACUCUCAAAAGUGGUCUAUUCAGUGUAUAUUUUUAUUCAUGAUCGAAAGAAA